CACUAUCGUCACAUGCAUCAACAUUACAACAAAUCGCAUUCGAUCAAGUGGAUUUCAAAGGAUGCGGUUCAUGGGAAAUGUUAAAUCAUUGCAACUCGUUGGAAUUACUCGAUAUUUGUCAGUGUACGAAUAUCGAGCAAGAAAUGGUUCAGACUCUCAUAAAUCAUUUACAACCUUUGAAAAACCAACUUCUACACAAUCAAAAUUUAAAGUUGUUUGCGGAUAAUUUCCAAGCCAGAUACAUUGGAGCAAAACUCUGUGAAGAAUUAAGAGAAUGGUGCAGAGAAACCAAUCGCAUUCACA